ACCUGCACAGAGAGGGUGGAGUGGCGGUCAUAUAAAAGCAGCGGGUGGCGCAGUCUGUGGUAUCAUUCGCCGUUUGGUUCCCCAUCAACCAACAACAGCAAUCAUGAACAAGCUAGUCGUGCUCGUCGCCGUGCUCGCCGUUGUCGCCGCUGGCGACAAGAAGGUGAACAAGCGCGGGCUGGUAUCCAGCCUGGGCUACGGCUCCAGCUACGGCUACUCCGGCCUCGGCUCCGGCCUGGGCUACGGCUCCAGCUUGGGCUACUCUGGUCUCGGCCUCAGCUCCGGCCUCGGCUACUCUAGCCUCGGCUACUCUGGCCUCAGCUCCGGCUUGGGCUACUCUGGCCUCGGCUACUCUGGUCUUGGAUACUCCGGCCUAGGCCACGCCAAGCUGAUCUCUGAGAGCUCGCACACCACCAUCGCCAGGAAGAUCGGAGUCCCCGUGGCCGCCCCCUACGCCGUCCCCGUGGAGAGGAACAUCGCCGUGCCUGUUCCCCACCCCGUGGCCGUGCCCGUCGACAGGCCUUACCCCGUGCCUGUGCCCGCCCCCUACGCCGUGCCCGUCGACAAGCCCUACGCCGUGCCCGUUGAGAGGGCCGUCCCCGUCCCUGUGCCCCACGCCGUGCCCGUGCCCGUCCACGAGCCUGUCCCCUACCCCGUCCACGAGCCUGUGGCCGUGCCCGUCAUCAACAAGGUGGCCGUCCCCGUGCCCGUCCCCCACGCCGUGCCCGUCAUCAAGAGCCACUCGUACGCCGCCCCCGCCCUCGCCUACGGCGGUGCCUACGGCGGAUCCCUCGCCUACGGAGCCUCAUCUCUGGGCUACAACGCGUGGUAGGAGUCUCAUGUGUUUGAUGAGAAGAAACAGACUGAUUUGUAGUUAGUUAAUAUUUUUGUCAGCAAUAAGUUCUAGUCUCUCGUAACUGUUGCGCCACAUCCUGUAAAUAAAUGCCACCUCAUCCUGAA